AUGGACAUGAAGGGAAAACUCGACAGUAUUGAGUCAUCUAUGAAGUUUCUCGCUGAAAAGUAUGACUCAUUGCUGGAUGAGGUCGUCGAACUUCGAGCUGAAAAUAAAGAGCUUAAAGCCGAAGUUAACACCCUUAAGUCAAAUGGUCAAGCUUCCAGAGAAGCAGUUGACAAGCUGAACACCAAGGUGGCAGAACUUUCAGCUGAUAUUGCCGACCUGGACCAAUACGGUAGAAGGCUAAACCUAGAAAUACAUGGGCUGAAAGUGGAAGGAAACUCAGCACAAGAAAAUCUUGCAGAGGUGCUACAAAAGGUGGCCAAAGACAUCCAUGUGGACUACCAGCCUUCCCAAGUUCAUCAGGCACAUCGUCUACAACCUCGUAAAGACGGCAACCCACCCACCAUCAUCGUCCAAUUCUAUUCAAAGACUAUAAGAGACAAGUGGCUGCACAGUGGGAGAAAAGCAAAAAUCAGCGGAGUUUAUUUCAACGAGAGUCUUUCGGGUUAUCAUAGGCUGUUACUCAAAGACGCUAAGCUAAGAGCCAGAACACAUGGCUACGCUUUUGUUUGGUUUAGUGGCGGGAGAGUAUUGGUGAAAAAGGGAGAAACCAGUCAAAAUGUUCUGGUCAUCAAGUCUAGAGACGACCUAAAAAAGAUAAACUAG